UCUUGCUUGCUUGGACCUUUUCAAGGACUCAAUACAGCGCGGCACAGGCACGACUUUCAUUUCUUGAAUUCAAAUUCUGGUUAUUCAUAGAUCUAUUUCUUAAUUUUUUAUUUUUUGCAUAUCAAUGGCUCCACGCUUACGAGUUCCGCAUUCACACAUCACCCUGUCAGUCCGCCGGCAAAAAGGACUGGCAUAUCAAUAUGACAUGCCCAUCAGAGCUGCCAGUACAGCGACAGUCGCAUCAACAGUCGUUGUUCCUCCUCCUUCCUUACAAAGGAUGAACAAAAACCCUCCACGUAUCGCAAGAACCGCAUCCGUCCAGCCUCCUUCGCACAGACGACCUGAAGAACGUCGCUCGCAGCUUCUGCGACAAUACACAUCGCUCAUUCGCACAGCACCUUUAAUGGUAUUUUUCCAACACAACAACCUCCAAUCAACCGAAUGGGCAGGUAUCCGCCGCGAACUGUCUCGGGCUUUGCAGAAAGUCGACGAACAGCAUGCUUCCGAAGGACGAAACACAACUGCCAUGGCAUCGCAUGUCAAGCUCCAAAUCAUUCAGACACGGAUUUUCGAAGUCGCCCUACGUAUCGUAGACUAUUUCCGCCCCGCAAACAUGACAGGAGCCGAAUCCGGUGAGGAUAUUCUUACCCACGACCUGUCACGUGCAGCACACGAUGCGGUUUAUAAAACGAAGGGAAAGCAUGAACUGGCAACUAUUCUUUCGGGUCCCCUCGCAGUUUUAUCUCUGCCCAAUGUUUCCCCUGAGCAUCUCAAAGCCGCCUUGUCGAUACUCGCUCCCAAGGCUUCUGGGUUUUCGGCUCCGACGCGGAAAGCGAACCCCGGUUACCACGAGCCAACUGUCCAGGAGGGAUUGCAGAAGCUCAUGUUGGUGGCUGCUCGAGUAGAUGGCCGAGUCUUUGAUCUUGAAGGAACCAAAUGGGUUGGAAGUAUCGAGAGCGGUCUUGAUGGACUUCGAGCCCAGCUUGUUCAUGCGUUGCAAGGUAUUGGAGCCAGUGUUACAUCUACUUUGGAGGGUGCUGGCAAGAGCCUUUAUCUCACGAUGGAAAGCCGGAGGAGUGUGUUGGAGGAAGAGCAGAAAGAAGAGAAUGGAGAGAAGGCAGAGAGCGGGGGAAAGGAAACUUAGUUGUUUAAUAUGAACUACACCCUUUCUACUUGUACAAUACCAUUCAAUUCUUCACUGUCUACAUAAUUUGCGAAUUCUGCAUUUACCUUCAGAUAUAACCAAUAAUAUUUCUGGGU